AUGGAAUCUACUCUCAAGGCCGAAAUCGAUAACAUCAUUAAUAGUCAUGAUGUGGUCAUGUUCUCAAAGAGUUAUUGUCCAUACUGUGCCAAAGCUAAGGCUCUCCUCGCUCAGCAUGGUGUGAAGGUUUUUAUUAUGGAGCUCGAUGAUGUCGAGAAUGGUGCUGCUAUCCAGGCCUAUCUUAAGGAGCUUACUGGCCAGCGUACUGUCCCCAACAUCUUUAUCAAUAAGGAGCACAUUGGAGGCUGCGAUGAUCUUUUCAAGUUGGAGAAGAGCGGUCAGCUCAAGGCUCUACUUGCUAAAUUUUAG